AUGAUUGGUUUUAGGGGCGUGGCCACGGCAGAUGUUGAUGUCAGAACUAUCGACAUCAACCAAUGCGAUGAUGGAGGCGGAGCCUUCGCCGGGACACAUAGAUGCAGCAAUACAACCAAGUGCGUGCACGUCCCAGGCAUGGGAUUUCAGAGUGGAACCUACCGGUGCGUCUGCCGAGACAGCUUCUACUUCCCGCACCAGGGGGAACAGUCAGGGGGGCACUUUGAGGGCGCCGAUGUGGAACGCGAGUAUCACCUGCUGCAAAUGGGCCAGCCCAACCGGUACGAGGAGGGUUUCGCCUGCCUGCCGUGUCGAGAGGGCUGCGAGACAUGCUUGGAUGACUCGCCCUGCUUCUUGGAGAAUGACAUCCUGCUCAGGAUUCUCAUUCUGUCUGUCCAGGGCAUCUGUAUCUUCCUGACGGGGGUGCUGAUAGCGGUGGUGUUCAAGUACAAGAACUUGAAGGUGAUCAACUGCGACAGUCCUUGGAUGCUGAUUGUGGUUCUCCUUGGGGCAUUCCUCCUGUACUGUGAGCUAGUGGCCAUGUUCUUCCACCCCACUGUCCUGGUAUGCUUCAUGCAGCGCUGGCUACGUGGAUGGGGCUUCGCCAUAGCUUACGGCAUGCUGGUCCUGAAAAUAUACAGAAAACUUGCCAUCUUCCAGACUCGAUCAGCCACACGUGUCCUGGUGCGUGACCGGGACGUCUUGAAGUGGCUGGUGCUUAUAGUCAUCGUGCUGACCGGCUACCUGGCAGCCUGGACUGCAUUCUCCGUGCAGAGCAUGAGGAACUGCAAGGUGGACAUUGUGACCAUCGGCUUCACCGACACUGGCAUGAAGUUCAGCAUGUGUAUGAUGGAGUGGUGGGAUUACGUUAUUGAAAUAAUUGAGUUCCUGUUUUUGCUGUUCGGCAUCUACCUGUGCUACUCGGUCCGUGCUGCCCCAAGUGAAUUUCAUGAGACACGUUACAUCAGCGUAGCCAUUUAUAACGAGACAAUCUUCUCCACUUUUCUUUACAUUUCUAGACACUUCAUAUGGGGCAAGGUAGCUCCCGAUUGGAUAUAUCUGAUGUACUUCCUUCGAUCACAACUCACAACUACUGUGAUGCUAGCACUUAUCUUUAUUCCAAAGCUCAAAGUCAUACACAAGCUACUGCACGACGAGUCGUUUCGGGAACGUGUCAACUCACGAGUGGUGUACGAUGGCAAGUGGCACAACUCCUUCCGCCGGCCCAACUCCAGCUCCUCCAAUGUCAACAAUGACCACAACUUCAAUCCAGAAGAUGUCAGGGAGGAGCUGAAACGACUUUACACACAACUUGAGGUCUACAAGACCAAGUCGUUACGCAUUGACAACCCUCACUUGCCGUCCAAGAAGAAAAGCAACGUCUCCAAGUGGCGGGCACCGCGUCGUUUCUCGCGCGGCUACAGCCUGCGCACCCACAGCGGCCACUCCGAGAGUGAGCGGUCUUCUGAGAUCGCCCGGAGCAACGAGAGCCUGGGAAAAGCCGUGGAGCUGCACGACUACCGGGUGAAUCAUGUGGACCCGACCGACCAAUCACACUGCAGCAGCCAAAAGUGGCUCUGUCAACAAUGACAGGGACUCACAGUGCACUCAGUGUAAGAAUGUAAAGAUAUGUAAGUUAGCAGACAUCUAUGUGUAAAUAAUAGCAUGAUGAACUUCAGAAGGCUACGUAGUUUUAAAUUCUACUUCAGUUUGCUAACUUCACCUAAAUUGUUUUUGGGUUUACAUUUUAGGAGUAACAUAUAGCUUUAUUUCAAUGUCAGACCCUACAUCCAACAUUGUAAACUUCACAGUUUGCUGGCCAAGAACUUUUGCAAGCAGUAGGCCUAACACAUCAGUCAUUCGAUUUACCAAUAUAAAAACUAGAGUAAGUGAGUCCUUUUUUACACAUUAUAAUACAUUUUACAUACCUACAUUGUACAUUUCUAGCAUUAUUACGUGAGUAUCUAUGUCAAUUGUGUUUCCAGACCAGAGUUGUAGUCGAUUCACUUGAGUCGAGUUCGAGUCAGAGUCUCAAGUCACUUUGGUAGAGUCCGAGUUUUGAGUCAUUUGGAUAAAGUCUGAGUCUUGAGUCAUUUGGUUCAAGUCCAAUUCCGAGUCACAAUUUGUACGAAAUGGAUGUGCAUGGACGUGGACACAUGCAAGUGAUAUACAUCAUGUACAUGUAAGUGAUGCACCUGGAGAUUGGUGAGGUACGGUUCGUCUGCUCAACAUUCUUCAGCAUUGCUUAACGUUACUUUUGGAAAAUAAACAUCGCAAUUAUAUUUUUUAAAGGAAUUUUUUUGGUUAAAAAAUACCCGAGUCACGAGUCAUUUGCGUCAAGUCCAGGUCA